CGCAAGGGGAUAAAAAGCCGCCCCCUCCCGGCGUCACGCGCACAGAGCAGAGAAAAACGGCCACUCCGCAGUAGCCAAGCCACCCACGACCACGCCGACGCCGACGCCGACGGCGACGGAACCGCCACUGCAAAACUACCAGAACGUCCGCAGCGCUGAUGGCGUGUUGGCGGAAGAAGGUCGUGUUCCGGGCGCGCCGUGCGUGGGCCGCCGUCUCCGGCCGCCUCCUCCGCGGCAGCAAGUCGGGCAGCGGCGGGAUACUGAAGCUCCACGAGGACGUGCAGACCUGCGGGUACCAGGACGUGCAGGUCAUGUUCGACAUGCUCACCUCUGAGCUGGAGGCGGCGCACGCCCGCAACCGCAAGCAGCCUGCAUCACCGCCGCUGGCGUGGUCCAGCCGCUUGUCGUUGUCCUCCGCCUGACCGAGGGCAGCACAGUAGAGAAGAAGGACCAUUCGUUGAAGUGCAGGGCACUCACGAAGGACGUCACCAUGUUAGUUUUACAAGUUACUGCCUGUGCAUCAGGCGUCCAUCCCCCUGCUCUUCUUCUACCCGGCCAAAGAGCGAAAGACCGCCCUGUUGAUGGUGUGUAAAUAGAGGCGGUGUCUGAAGUUUUUGCCGGCCGGGAGGAAGAGGGAGGCAAGAGGGGUUUCAUUUCUAUUGCUGUCAUUUUCUUGUCAGAUUUUGCGCGGUUUUCACAUGUUGUGCAUACGUUUGGAAGAAAUCGAGACUUGUUUGUUCGCAUAAUGUCAUUUUCUUGUCAUUUUUA